AUGCCAAUAGAUUACUCCAAGUGGGACAAGAUAGAAAUUUCUGACGAUUCCGAUGUCGAAGUUCAUCCAAAUGUUGAUAAGCAAUCGUUUAUCAGAUGGAAGCAACGUGAUAUUCAUGAAAAAAGAAUGCAAAGAAACAUCGAAAUCAAAAGUAUCUUGAUCCAAUUGACCAUGUAUGCCAAACUUAACGAAAGGGUCGACUAUUUGUUAGAAAAGUUGACUUCCACUGAGUUAUUGGAUAAUACAAAAGUUAUGUCGGUAUUGAAUUCGGAAUUUGAUCCUCAAGAAAAAUUUGAUUAUGAUAAAUUGAUCAAAGACAAGGGUCUGACGUUAAGAAAAGGGUUGAAAGACUUGAAAUUCGAUAGAGAAGAAAUUGAAAACACUCCUUGUUAUAAUGAAAUGAUUGAAGAUUUGUUUGUUCAAAUAAAGGAUGAUCAUCCAGAGACAAAAACGGAUGGCGACAAAUUGAUUGAACAUUUAAGGGAACAUAGAAAGAAGAUCGACGAUGUUUUAUCCAAGCAGACUAUAAAAUUGGACGAUUUAUUGUAUCAAAAAGCCCAAUUGAUAGUAAGUGACGACUUGCACACUGGCUUUGAUAGAUCCUUUUUAAAUAAAGAUAAACCAGAAGAAGAAGUAAAGCAGGAUACCCCUAAAGCUUCGCAAACCAAAAAGACAACUGUGACCACGACUGAAACUAUUAAUCUGCCAAAACCGAUCGAGGAUAAAUCUGAUAAGGAAAUUUUGGAUGAAUUGGAACUCUUACCUGCCACUAAGGAAUUUGCCAAAAUACCCAGUGACAAUCUUUCAGAAGCUGCUGAAUUCUUGAUUAAGCAUCCUUCAAUAUGUACUGAGCAACAAAAAGAUGCUUUGAUAAUGACAGCAUUUGACCUUCAAUUGGAAAAUAAAUCUGAUGAAGCUAAACAUAUUAUUCACCAAUCAUUAUUAUUGCAAUACGUUGGUCAAUUGUCAGGAAAUGGUAAAGCGGCUCCAGCUAAUGUAAUCAACACUAUCAAGUUAUUCUUUUCAAAAAUUGCUGCCGAAUCAUCACCAGCAAAACAUGCAUUUUUGGAGGAUGUAAACCAAACAUUUACCCAUAUUAAAGGUAGAUGUGAGAUCAUCAAAGAAGAGCAAAGACAAAAUGCAUCAAAUAAUGAAGAAACAGGCGAAGAAGAAGCAUUGAUUCAAUUAAAAGCAUUAGAUGACAAUACAGAACUUCUGGUCAAUAUUCCUAAAGAAGGCACCAAAGAAUACGAAAUUUUUACCACUAAAUUACCGAUAGAGUUCCAGAAUGCAAUUAAGACAGAAUCGAUUGAUGAGGUUAACAAGGAAUUUGCCAAGUUGAAAAUUGAAGAUGCUGAAAAAAUUUUGGAAAUUUUUAAUGAAUGUGGUGUCAUUGGUAUUAGCGGUUAUAUAGAAGAUGAAAAGGAAUUUGAAGAAUUGAAAAAAGAAUAUGCACAUGAAGCUGUUAACCAAGAAGAACAGCAGUCGGCUCCAGUUGAAGAUACAGUGGAUUAA